UUCGCACUCUCUUCCACAGUUCCCCGCGCGCGAUUUGCGUGGUCUCUCUUUUCUCUCACUUUUCACCUUUUUUUCCGUAUUUAUAGUAUUACUUGUGUUGUUUGUGUCUAUCGUUGUGUGCGUGCUUCUGUGUGUGAGUGUGUGUGUGCUGGUUACGUCGCUGCGAAAUGGGACGCGUUCCGUUGCUCGUCACUGUGCUGCUGGCCAUGCUGGCAGCCGCCAUGCUCGUCAUCACGGUGCAACUCGUCCCAUCCACAACCGCGCUCGAGCACCUGCAACCAACGCUCCAGAUGGCUCAGAACAGCGCUCAUCAGCGCCUCCCUGCGGCCGACAAACUUGUGGCAGGCGCGUCGGACGCCUCAACGCUGGCGACCUCCGCUGCUGCUGCUGCUUCCGGCUCUACUACUACGACUACGACUACUACUGCUGCUGGUGGCGGUGGUGGUGGCAAAUCCGCCGAGCGCCAAGCAUCGCCCAACCGCGACGCCGACUUGGACACGGACGCGACCAUGGCGAUCGAAGUGCUGCAGCACAUUGGCGAACGCACGAGCUUCAUGCUGAGCGCCGUCGUGCGCUGGAUCCUGCCUGCCACGCCGGCCUUUGUCAUCGACAACUGGCACCCGUCCGCCAUGACAACCCAGCUGUACAUUUCCGUCGCGAUGACGGUCGUCAUGCUGUUCCUGGCAUUGCUUGGGUUUGAGGUAAUUUCCCGCUAUUGGCCCGCAGGUGCGACGCGAUCGGCGAACGGGGCUCCCAAGGCUACCGUCAUGUGCAAGAUUAUUCCAAAUCCCAUGCUGUUACUUCGCGGCGCAGAGUGCAAUCGUUAUCACAGGAAGGAGCGCGUGCAACCUCUCACGACUUACGACAUGUCCUUGACGGAUAAGGACCAGACGGUCAUGUUUUCAGUCGAGCCCAAUGUCUUGAAAGAUCCACUGAUUGAAGCAGCUCAACAGCACAUGACAAGUGCCUGGAAGGAUCAGAGCACUCCAGCCCGUAUUCAGUUUGCCAAAGAAGCAGUCGCUAUUGCUCCACACUGCUCCACGGCCUGGAUUCUUCUUGCGGAGGAAGACGCCCAAACCGUCGUCGAAGCUGAAGCCAUGCUCUUCAAGGCUGUCCAGCUUUCGGAGGGCUAUUUGCGGCGAUUGAGUCCACACUACUUUCAAGACCAUGGUGCCGAGUUUUGGAUUCGUCCCGAAACGAGGCCCUAUAUUUUUGCCAAGCGUCGCCUUGGCAUGUGUUCCAGAAAGCUUGGCAAGUACAAGGAGGCUGCAGCAAUCUUUCGAGAACUGCUCGUCAUGCAUCCAGCCGUCGCCCGCAGCCACCUCAACGUCCAGUCCAACUUGAUUGAGCUGCUGCUCCUCCUUGGCCAGUACGAUGAAGUCCAAAAGACGCUGGAGAAAUACGAAGUGGUCAUGGAAAAGUCGGCCCUCCUAUUCUACACCGCCGCGCUGCUGCGCGUGCAGGAAGUGGCGUCGAAAACCGAUUUGCUGAAUACCGAUUUGUCCGCACGCGGGCUGUCGGCCGACAUCAUGAUGGCCUUGGAUGCCAUUCACAAAGCCGUCGAGUUCAACCCACACAUCCCCCAGUAUCUAUUGCAAACAAAGCAACUCGUGCUCCCACCGGAACACUUUGUCCUUCGCGGAGAUAGCGAGGCCGUGUGCUAUGCAUUCGACCACUUGCCUCACUGGCAAAAGGUGAAGGGUGCUCUGCAAUUGCUGCAACUGACCUACGAACAAACACUCCGUCUCAUCCCUAAACCGCUCGAGAAGGGCAGCCGGUUUGAGCCCUAUCCCGAUGGCGUCUUCCUCACGGACGGAAAAAUCCUCCCGCUGCACCACGACGUGUCCGAGUAUCCCAUUCCGGAGAUUCCUUGGCUCCUGUUUCUCGGCGGAGUCGUGGUUGCCGUUAUCGUGGCCAUCCCAAUCGUCCUGCAUGCCACUCAAGCCCCGCUCUAUGUUGCCUUCGUUGAACGGCUGGUGGCGUGGUUUCACUGAUUUGACGACAGUCUCGACCCAGACGGCUCAGCAUUUUAUUAAACUAUUUUUGCCUU